AUGAGCGCGAGACAGAUCAGCAUUCACAGUGACUCCCAGCUCAUUGUGAAUCAGAUAACGGCAGACUUUGCAGCCAAGGAUGCCUCUAUGUCAGCUUACCUAUCGGCAGCUCACCAACUACUGGGAAAAUUUCAGGCCUACGAGAUACGACAGAUCCCGAGGUCAAAAAACAGUCAUGCCGAUGUGCUCUCGCGUUUGGCUUCGGCAAUAAACGACAAGAUCGGAAGAAAGGUACCGGUGGAGAUACUGUCCCAGCCAAGCACGACAACCGCUGAGGUGUGUACCGUACGAUACGAUGACACAUGGAUGUCUCCCAUCUAUGCUUUCCUGAAAAACAGAAUCCUUCCGACCGAUAAGUCAGAGGCUCGGAAGCUCCGUUACCGAUCGGCAAGAUACACGGUCAUCAACGAUAUUCUGUACAAGCGAGGCUACACCACACCGUAUCUAAAAUGCCUAACCAAGGAGCAGGGGGACUACAUACUUCGGGAGGUCCACAGUGGAGUUUGCGGUGACCAUUCGGGAUCCCGAUCGCUUGCACCAAGAUGCGAACAUGUUAGUCAAGAAGUGUGA